GUCAGUUCUGAUUAGCAACGUAAGUUGACUAAAGUAAGAACUGUCACAACUUGUCUCCUUAAGUUGUUUUUUUCUUAAAGAACCUUGCUGGAGUGGUCCAAUUGGGCUUUCUAUCAAUUUAAACAUGAAAAACGUUGCAUUUUACAUGUGCUUUCUGCUCAUUUUCAAUGAGUUUGCAACUGGACAUCUUCACCGGUUUCACAAUUCAAAGACAAAGAAUCUCAUCACAGGAAAAACUGCAAAGCGCUUCAGUUGGAGCGGUGCAGCAAAGACUUUACUGUCGUACGCCUUCAAGGGAUUUCAAGUCGRUUCCAAAUACUUCCACGAUAUCACAAGCAUUAUAUCUAUUAUAUCCACCGUUUACACMAUCAUCGAGCCUUGUGAGAAUACUGAUUAUGGCAGAAGGGCAAAGGAGUACACGGACACAGCAAAAAGUGUUUCUGAAGAGAUUAAUUCUGGAAGCUCAAGAGUCAACGUUUUGCAGCUUGAAACCAAAAAUAUUCAAGCCAUGGUCGAAUAUCUCAAUUAUAACUUUAAUGGAACUCUGGAGGAAAUGCACGAGGCUGGCCAACUUUCAGAAGAAUUCUUGGAGAUUGUUGACACAGAUAUUGCUCAAGCUCUUAACAUCACUACAAUUGAAAUAGAGAACAUGUUGUUGAAAGCUCAAGAAACUGGCACAUCGAUUGAUUACGCUACAGUAGCCAAGACGUACUGGACACGAAUUGACAAGACUGUAAAACUAGCCAUACCAACCUUCACAGUAUUGAUGCCACGUAUCCCAAAGAUGCUUAAACUCGCAAAGGAACGCAUGAGAAAUUUUAAUGCGUUCAAGUUGACUGAAAAGUUUAAAAACAUUAAACUGCCCUCAAUCAAGACGAAGUUAUUCCGGGGAUUGAACAGCUGGUUUUCGAAAACGCAAGAAUUCAUCAAGACAAAGAAGAGUGCUCUCAGAACAUUCAUGACCGGCAAGUAUGAGAAAGCACUGAAAGUCGUGAAGGGUAUUGGAAAAGCGUUUACUGGCAUAUCCCAUCUUAUGUUUGCAGCGUUUGAUAUCUACACUGCAAUUCAAAACUUUGGUCGAGAGGAUUGCAAAAAGAUUCUCGAUGAAGCUAAACGAGGAUACGACGAAGUGAUGAAAGCCAACGCAACGUACACCGACAUUCUCAAUAACGUCACAAACGCCAAAAAUGAAAUGCUGAAGAUUGAAGAUGAGCUACUCAAGCAAAUGUCAAGUGAUUUUUUCCUCGAAGAUUUAGAAAACAUGAAAGAGAAUAUGAAAGAGAUUCAAGGAGAUGGAAAUGGAAUGCAAGAAAUGAUUGAUGCCACAGAAAUGUACCUCUCAAGAAUGCCAAACAACACUGACAUUGAUGAAAUUGUUACUCUUGCUGGUAAUCUAUACGAAAAUGCCAUUGGCUCUUUGCCUUUCGUUUAUAGAUGUCUAAAAGAUAGAGCUGGGAUGGUCAGACACAUCGUGAAUGAAUGCAAGGAAGGGCAUAGAACACUUCAAAGCAUAAUAGAAUUAACAAAGAUGUUUUACAACUACAAAAUUGAACUUUGUACACAGAGAAUUGCAAUCCCUUACUUUAGCGAUGAAGCUCUCAAGAAAAUGGCCGAAAACGUGGCAGAAGACCAAGGCUUCAACAAGGAAUGUAGAUUGAAUAAAAACGAAACUAUCAACGAAAUUUGUGAGUAUCAUUGCGACGGGAAGAAACCAGAGAGGAUAUCGCGAUUGAUGGAUGUCAGCACACAAGGAGUAAAUAAUGUUAUCACCACAUGCAGAGAAUGCGAGAUGUCCAGUCAGUUUGAAGCUUUAAUUUGCUUUAUGAGAGAAGACAACGCAACAACGGCUCAAAUUAGAGAAGUAGUACCACAGUUUACCGUCGAACAAAUUGAAUCAGUGGUUUGCCGCGAGAACUAGUCCAGAUAUACAUCAAAAGGAGUGACAUUUUUGAAGUGGAUAAAAAUUUUAGUCAGGGUUAUAUGUAGACAGUGCAUGCGUCAACAAAUCUUUGUACUUAAAACAACAUCCACGUUGGAAAAUAUUGUGUGAAAUUUUCUAUUUCGUUCAGUCAAGGAAUAAAAUGUUUCUUCUAUG